GGGAGAAAUCAGAAGCGAUCAGAGGAGAGAGGGAAGGAGGGAGGGAGGGAGGCCAGCGAGCGAGGAGAGAGGGAGAGAGCAGAGUUGCCUGCUUUGCUUCGUGCACCCAAUCUCCCUCAACCUCUACCUUUCCCUCUCCCCGGAGAUUCUUCUCUCUCUCAUCCGAUGGACCAGCUGGUGAAUUUCAUCAUCCGCCCGCCCAGAGCUGACUACAGUCCAGACGAUGAUCUACUGGAGCAGGAGUUUAUGCUCAAGGGAAGAUGGUUUCAGAGGAAGGACCUGGAGGUAGUAAAUAGCCAGGGCAAGAAGUUGCAGUGUAGCCACUACAUACCUGCUGUGAUUCCUGAAGGAACAGCACUUCCUUGUGUUAUAUACUGUCAUGGAAACAGUGGAUGCAGAGCUGAUGCUAGUGAAGCCGCCAUUAUUCUUCUACCAUCAAAUAUUACAGUCUUUACACUGGACUUUUCAGGGUCUGGUCUCUCUGAAGGAGAGCAUGUCACCUUGGGCUGGAAUGAAAAAGAAGAUCUGAAAGCUGUUGUUAAUUAUUUGCGGACAGAUGGGAACAUAUCUUGCAUUGCUCUGUGGGGUCGCUCAAUGGGUGCGGUCACAAGUCUAAUGUAUGGAGCGGAGGAUCCAUCAAUUGCUGGAAUGGUUCUUGAUAGUCCAUUCUCUAACCUUGUUGACUUGAUGAUGGAACUAGUUGAUACCUACAAAUACCCCUUGCCAAAAUUCACGGUAAAACUUGCAAUACAGCACAUGCGGAAGAUUGUCAAGAAAAAAGCCAGCUUUGACAUCAUGGAUCUUGAUACCAUUCAGGUAGCAAAGCGAUGUUUUGUUCCUGCUUUGUUUGGACAUGCAACUGAGGAUGAUUUUAUACUACCGCAUCAUUCAGACAAAAUUUGUGAAGCAUAUGUUGGAGACAAAAACAUUAUAAAAUUUGAUGGGGACCACAAUUCACCCCGACCACAAUUUUACUUUGACUCAAUCACAAUAUUUUUUCAUAAUGUGCUAAACCCACCUGAUGUCCCUGACGAUCAUUAUUUCCUGACACCACAUGGCAGCCUUGGUCAGGGUCACUGGGAUACAGAACAUGAUAUAGAGUAUAGAAUUGCUCAAUCACCAACAGCCCCUUCAACUACGACAGAAGAUGCCAUUGCACAGUUGCGUUCUAGAAGGCUCAUGAGCAGAAUGGAGGUCCCAUCUGGAACCGCCACAGAAGGCAGGGCCGACAGAACUGAGGUAUUGGAUAGUGAUGUUGGCCCCUCCUCAUCUAGUGCAUCUACUGUGACUCCUCCCAAUGGCCGUAAUGGAAGGAUGCUCACUCCAACCUCUGAUGAUGGCGAGUAUGUGGAGUAUUCAUUUGAUAACAUAUCAGAUAUGCCUUACACCGAGGAAGAUGAAGAUAGAAUGCUGAUGCAAGCAAUUCUCGAGUCCCUGAAGGAUUUAGACAAGUCAAAUACAAAGAACACUCAAUCAGCUGUAUCUGAUGUUGCUUCCAAAGAAAAUAGUGUAGCACCUGAUGUAGUGGCAUUGGAGACAGAUGCAUCCUCCAUCUCUGUGCGUGGUGCUGAUGCUCCUGGUAAGGAUGUAGCAGCCUGUAACAGUGUAGCAAAGGCGUCUAGUCUGCAAAGUGCAGAUCGCUGCACUGUAAAUGAUGCUGUUUCUGCUAAUGUUUCUGGCGCAUCAGAAUCCAACGGCUCAACUCAGGUCAUCGAAGGAAAAUAUGGCUCGGCAGAAUCCCAGAAACUCACCCAGAACCCCAAUGGAGAGGAUGGCACAAGAGCAACACUUGUAGUCCAGAAGAGCCGGACUGGCAGCCUGAUUGAUGGAUUGACACAAAAAUGGGGUUCCUUCUUCAAGAACAAUGACUGAGGCAAGCAAGAUAUAGAGUGACAUGCGUUGACGCUACACGUUUGCGUGUUAAUAUAGCCCAUAGGUUGCCGCUGGCUUGAUUGGUUAGCCUGUAAAUUGGAAAAAGGAAAUGCAAUAUUGUGCAAGACUCGUUUUAGUGUGUUGGUGGUGUAUAUAUAGAACUAGAAAAAGGUAGGAUCCCAUUGAUUGUAUAUCAUGUCUCAACACUUAGCGUUGUGAAUUGGUAGGUGCGUAUUUGUUGGGAAAAUAAAAAUAUGCUGUUAAUGUAAUGCAGGGAAAUCAUGUUAUUUGUUAUUUGUUUCA